UUUGAGAUCAAAGCCUGGAUACUUCGACACACGCUGAGUUGAUGCCCUUUCAAAGUUGGAAAUCCGAGCUGCAAAACCAGAAAGAAGAAACGAUCAAACCCUUUUCACUUCGAAGAAGCCGAUGAUCUCACCUACAUCAUCGAGAUGUCUUCAUGAGUGGUUCAUGAAUCACAGAUCUUUCUCCAAAAUGGAAGAAAAAAGAGGACCCGUGGAAAGGGGGAAGAGGAGGUGGAGUGAAAUGGUCGAGGAUCGCAAUUGGAGCUGCUCUGUAUCAUGGAUUCAACCCUUUAUCUUGCAGUUAACGCUUCUACGCAUUAUAUUAUUAUCACUCAUAGGGCUUCUAUUUACGAGAUUCGAACCCCUAGAUUUUCGAUCAAUCUCCUUCGAAGAAGCAAAGUUAACAGCCGAAGGGAGUUUGAGAGGAUAUGGCCACGAAUUACUUGUCGAGCUUUGGUGGUUCUCUUCUCCAGAUAUCUGAGUUGAAGAGGAAAGUUUUCACUGGACACUUGAUUUUGGUACAUUCUUGACUCUCUCAUAUACAUACAUCUUGCAAUGCAGUUUUUUGGAGUUUAAAUUUUAUAAAUUCCCAUGAAUGUCAUUAGAAACAGAAUCUGGUUCUUUGUUCUAACACUCCAUUGAGCCAGGUUUCAAGAAUCAAUUAACUACUCAAUGUUCAAUUUAGUGUUACUCAGACAUUUAACAUUUUAGCUGAUUUCGGGAAGUUCUAAAUCUUGGUCAGGUUGGCCAUCCAUUGUAAAGGGGAAGAAUUAGAAUUUUGAGUAACAAAACAGGAUUUUUUAUAAAGUUCAGGAAUGGGGAGGUUCUGCUUUCCAAGAUGCAGAAUUACAAGAAUAAUGGGUUCACUUCAGAUUCUGUUAGGAGGGCUUGUUAUAUUGCUAAGUAUAACCAGUCUCUUUAGAUUCUACUUUGCUGGGUUCUUCCUCCAUGACGAAGACAUUUGCCAUCAUUUUUAUCAUGUAAAGGAUGUUUAUGUCGGGUAUGAUGCAAAAGCUUUAUCUGAUCGGUUUGAUGAAGUUCUGUAUAAGGUGGCUAGUCUGCAGGAAAAGUUAGAGAUCACUGUAGAAAAUCUGGAGAAGAGCUAUGGCACUUCGGACAAAAUGAACAUUUCCAAAGCAGAGUAUAGGAAGUUUUUAGAGAAGGAGGUAAUCCACCCUCUAUACAGUGCUCAUAUAUCUCUUAGACAGAUUCGACUACCUGGAGUUGAUGGGGGAAAGAACAGUACAAUGAGGGAGGACCCCUUGAUCAACUAUUUCACGACUGAGGAGAUUCGGAAGUAUAUAACACCAAAAAGUAACAGAAUUAGGAAGCUCAAUAUUUAUGGUACAGAGAUGAUUUAUAACACAAUAGGGCAUGCUUGUGUCUUGAUGAAGAAUGAACUAGAAGAGUACAUGGACUACGACAUUGGAUCCUACUGCAAAGAUGAUUGGAACUUAGCUCAGAAGCUCAUGAUUAAAGGCUGUGACCCUUUGCCCAGGAGGCGGUGCUUGGCAAGAGCCUCAAAAAUCUAUCUGAAGCCCUUCCCAGUCAAUGAGUCCCUCUGGAAGUUACCGGAAAAUAGAAAUGUUCGGUGGAGCAAUUAUCAGUGCAAGAACUUUGGCUGCUUAUCAAGCAAAAAUCCCAGGCGGGGUUAUAGCAAGUGCACUGGAUGUUUUGAAAUGGAGAAGGAAAUGGUUAAAUGGGUCAGUAAUGGUUCACUUCCAAUAGAGUUUCUGAUAAAUGAUGUUUUAGCAGUCAAAUCCGGGGAGAUAAGAAUAGGUCUAGACUUUGGCAUUGGCACAGGAACUUUUGCUGCGAGGAUGAGGGAACAAAAUGUGACAAUUAUAACAACUGCUCUGAACCUUGGGGCACCAUUCAAUGAAAUGAUUGCUCUAAGAGGUCUGGUUCCUUUAUAUGUGACAUUGAACCAACGACUUCCUUUCUUCGACAACACAAUGGAUUUGAUUCAUACAAAUGGGUUCUUGGAUGGAUGGAUUGAUCUUCAAUUGAUGGAUUUCGUCUUAUUUGAUUGGGAUCGCAUUUUAAGGCCAGGGGGAUUGUUGUGGAUAGAUCGGUUCUUUUGCAGAAGAAGGGAUCUAGAUGACUACAUGUUCAUGUUUUUGCAGUUCAGGUAUAGAAAACACAAGUGGGUUAUUUCACCUAAAUCAAAGGAAGAGGUUUAUCUUUCUGCAUUGCUGGAGAAACCACCUCGGGCUGUAUGAUUCUACUCCUUGCUUGUUAUGUCCAUCUCACUUGUGAGGAACUCAUCAUCUUUGUGGCCUCGGCAUAAUAUGUAUUUUUUUUUUUUUUUUAAUAUUUUUCAUCUUGCAAAUGUAUUUUAUUUGUCCUCUAAACAGUGUUCACAAAGCCUGGAUAUUGGCAUUUCCAAUCCAGGGCUGAAAAUAAACUUUUUCGUUGAUAAUUGGAACA